AUGCUUUCAAUCAAUAUCCCAAAACACACCACGCCCAACGAAUAUGAGCUAGGCGAAGUCCCUUCCCUAUCCAUCGACCGACCCACCGACAUCUUGAUAAAAGUCCACGCCGCAAGCAUCAACCCAAUUGAUGUGAAAAAGGCCUCGGGUAUAACCAAGGCAGUUCUCAAGGAUACCUUCCCAUAUAAAAUCGGCUACGACUGCGCAGGAACAGUCCUAGACACUGGCUCCCAGGUAACGCGCUUCAAAACCGGCGAUGAAGUCUUUGUCCGAUUGCCGGAAUGUCACCGUGGCUCGUGGAGCGAGAUUGCGCGCUCAACGGAGGAAUUCGUUGCGCUGAAGCCGAAGGGUCUUUCUAUGGAGGACGCUGCUUCGAUUCCACUUGCAGCUAUGACGGCUUUGCAGGCGCUGAGGGGAUUUGAGGGGGAUCUGGAAGGGAAGACUGUUUUUAUUCCUGCAGGUUUGGGUGGUACUGGCCUUUUCGCAUGCCAGCUAGCCAAAAACAUUUUCAAAGCUGGAAAGGUGAUCACGACGGUUUCCACGGCAAAGGUGCCGAAGGUGAAAGAGCUCUUAGGCGAGGGAGUCGUGGACGAGAUAAUCGACUACAGAAAAUCAGAUCCAAAAGAGAUUAUCCCCGCCCGGUCAGUCGACUUCAUCUUCGACACAACCGGCAACGCGAUGGACUAUCUCUCCCUAAUGCGACCAAACGGAGCAAUAAUAACCGUAUCAAUCGUAACCUCCGGAGACGUCCUUCAAAACUCCAGUGUGAUGCGCCGAUCACCCGACAAGACGGACAAAGCAACAGUGCCCUUCCCCAUCCGCAUCGCGCUGAAUGUCAUGGAUAAAAUCCGAGUCAUGCGUGCGUCUCGAUAUGGGGUUAAGUAUGCGUCGAUCUUCCUGGAACCGAAUGCCACUGAUCUGGACUUGAUUCGGGGGUGGGUGGAAGAGGGAAGGUUGAAGACUAUUGUUGGAACGAGUGUUGAUGCCAAGGAUAUCGGUGCGGUGAGAGAGGCCUGUCAGGUCGUUUUUGAUGGGAAGGGUGGUGUUGGGAAGGCUGUGAUUGUAUUUUGA